AUGGCGAGAGCGAUUGGAGAUCCCCGCUGCGCACACGCACAAGCCAUCAAGAAAUUCGUGACGCCCACUCCCCAAAACAUAUCUUUCUUCAACAACCUCAUCACUCUCUACUCCAAGUUCAACCUCCAUUCCUCAGCUCUCCUCCUCUUCCACUCCAUUCCCUCUCCCAACACCGUCACUUGGACUUCCAUCAUCUCCGCCUCCGCCUCCGCCUCCCCCCUCUCCUGCUUCCGCCUCUUCCUCUCCAUGCUCCGCCACCCUCUCCGCCCCCGCCCCAACUCCCACACUCUCUCCACUCUCCUCAAAGCCUCCGCUUCCCUCUCCGACCACCCCAUCGCCCCCCAGCUCCAAUCCCUCUCUCUCAAGCUCUCAUUUCACCGCCAUCCCUUCGUCGCCUCCGCCUUCGUCUCCCUCUACUGCAAAACCCGCGAUGUGGACUCCGCGCUCAAGGUGUUCGACGAAAUGCCUCACCGGGACGAGGUGUGUUACGCCGCGCUCAUCAACGGCCUGGCUCGGGCCGAGAGGCCCCUCGACGCGCUGCGCUGCUUUGUCGAGAUGAAGAGGGAGGGUGUGGCUUCGACGUGUCACAGCGUCUCUGGCGCCAUCUCGGCUGCUUCUAGGGUGGCCAUGCUGGAGCAGUGCCUGAUCAUGCAUUGCCACGCCCUGGUAGCCGGUUUUGACUCUCAUGUGUACGUGGCGACAGCGUUGAUUGAUGGAUAUGGCAAGUGCGGGGUCGUGGAGGAGGCGAGGGUUGUGUUUGAUGAGAUGGGGACUGAGGUGAAUUUGGUCGGGUGGAACGCCAUGAUGGCAGGGUACGCGCAGCAGGGGAGUCAUGAGCAUGCGGUUGAGCUCUUCGGGCUGAUGGAGAGUCGAGGUAUUGAGGCAGACGUGUUCAGUUUCUUGGCAAUUCUCACAGCCUUCUACAAUGCAGGGAUGGUUGAGGAGAUUGAGAUUUGGUUGAAUAGGAUGAAACUAGAGUACGGAUUGGAGCCAUUGAUUGAGCACUACACAUGCUUGGUUGGAGCAAUGGGGAAAGCAGGGAGGUUGGAGGAGGCAGAGAGGGUGGCUUUGACGAUGCCAGACAAGCCCGACGCAGCUCUAUGGCGCGUGCUGCUAUCGAUUUGUGCUGAUCAAAGGAACCCUCGAGUGGCUCGGAGGAUGAGCGAGAAGUUGCUGGAGAUAAACCCCAAUGACGACUCAGCCUAUGUGAUCUUGGCGAACGCAUUUGCAGGUGCUGAGGAGGCGAAGAAGGUGUGGACGAUGAUGAGAGACAAUGGGGUGAGGAAGGAGGCCGGGAAUAGUUGGAUCGAAGUGCGUGGGAGGACUCACGUGUUCUUUGCUGGGAGGGACGUGAGGCACCCGAGGAAGGAUGAGAUUGAGGCGAAGCUGGCAGAGUUGAUAUCGGAGAGUGAGAGACUAGGGUACGCGUUGAGCGAGGAUGACGAGAGGAAGGAGAUGCUUUGGUUCCAUAGCGAGAAGUUGGCCGUUGCGUUUGGGCUAUUGAGUGGAGUGACACCAGAGGGUAAGGCGGUGAGGAUUGUGAAGAACUUGAGGAUCUGUAGGGAUUGUCAUGAGUUUUUCAAGUGUAUUAGCAGGGUGAGGAAGAGGGAGAUCAUAGUUAGAGAUGCUCAUAGGUAUCAUCGCUUUGUCAAUGGAACUUGUAACUGUGGCGAUUCAUGGUGA